AUGUCGGAGCGCAGCGUACGGGAUGCGUAUGCAUCCCUGCAACAUGUGUACGUCGAGCACAAAGAGCAAGUGCGCGCGCUGCGCAACUCAGUGGUGGAAGGAGUGUCACGCGAGCUGCUCGCGACGACCGAGUGCUCGGAAGCCGCGCUCAAUGCCGCGCGUGCAUUUUUAAACGACGACACACUUGUCUUCCGCUUCCUCCGGCGCGCCAAGUUUGACGAUGUCAAGGCACGCAAAGCACUCUACAAGACAGUGCAAUGGCGGAUCGAAGGCAACAUUGACAGCCUGCCUGCGGGCAUGCUGCACUCGACAUACAUGAGCGAUUCGGCGAAUGGCAUCCCCCUUUUAUGGCUUCACUCGCGUUUCCGCGACAAGCUGGGGCGCCCCGCACUGUUUUUGCGCUUGCAGCAUGUGGAAGCGAUGCCAAAUGGACUGCAUGAACUCAAAUCGACCAUCAUUGCCGCGUUCGACGUGAUUCGACGCUACUUGCGCCACGUAAAUCGGCGCUCGACGCGGAAUGCGACACAUGUCCUACAGAGUGUCAUGCUGCUUGAUGUGUCCGAAGUCGGCAUAUCGAGCUUGGAGCUGGAUAUGUUGCCUUUCCUGCGCGACCUGCUGAAAAACCACUACCCUGGCACGUUCGGCACGAUUUAUGUACAAAACUACAGCUGGAUCCAAGCGGGCGUGUGGCGAAUGCUAAAGCCGCUCCUCCCCCCGAAACUGCUUGCGCGCCUUGUUUUUAUCGAGCCCAAGGAACUGCUCCAGUGCUUUGAACACGGACUGCCGCGCGCGCUCGGCGGCACGCUGCAAGUUCCCAUCGCGCCCGACUCGAGCGAUGUGCUGAACUACUAUGCGCGCUCGAUUGCAUGGCGCGGCGAUCAGGUGCGCGACGAGCCCAAACCGCCGAGUCUGAGCAUUCGCGCGAUCGACUAUGAGAGCAUCUAUGACGUCAUGUCCCGCGCAGGCUCGCCGUACACAGCGCACGCAAUGACGCCCAUGCAAAGCAUGCCAGGCACGCCGCGCUCGCGUGCGAUUUCGCCAAUGCUUGCGCCACGCACGGGCCUUGACACGGUACCGACGAUGACACUCGACGUGCAUGGGCAGAGCAGUGCCUUGGUCCAAUGGUUUUCUACGUGGAUGGGACGUGCGCAAGCGCCAGAAGGCCAACAGGCACAGACGCCUCUCCAAACGCCGCGCUUGGAGAUUCCUCAGCCGUCGUUUUCCCCACAAGCACCGCGCAGCACAGACGGCCUUGCGCCGCCCACGCCAGAGGCGGCAGAUGGCUCCCAGCCGACCGACGACAAUCCUGUGACGCGGUACCUUUCGUGGCGCGCGCACAAGUAUGCGCAAAUGGACGGGCACGUAUCCCCCUACAAUAUCGAGAACCCAUACUUUGGCUACCCCGCCGCGUACGUCGACGAGGAAGAGCCAGAGGUCGAGGCAAGCACGACGACGAGCGUGGUAAAUACAGACAGCGCGCGGCAGUCGGGUCUUUCGCGCCAGCUCCGUGUGCGGCGCAGGAAACGCGAUUUGCUGCGCACGCUCACGUACUUAUUCAUGCUGCGCCUCCUGCACAUCUACCGCCAAAUCAAACGCGGCGCUUUCGUGCUGCUAUGGACUGUGUUUGGCAUUCCUACACGCUUAUCGAGCACCAAGCGCGGCGCAAAACACACCCAAAAGCGGUGGCACAAAAUACGCAUGCGCAUCGUGCUCCUAGUUCUCAUCAUGGCUGUAUCACAGGCGGCUCGGCUGGGCCCCUCUUUUUGGAUAUCGCGGCGCAGGCGCGUCGCGCAGUAA